CAUUUCCAAAUUCACAGGAGAAGGUGACUGUGGGUUGUCAAAACCGCCAAGCCCAUACAAGAUAUACAAAGAGUUUAUUGGAAUAUCGGCAAGUUAGUACUAUGGUUACUAAGCAAAGAAUAACAUUUUGAUUCUGUCUUGAAAGGUUUGUGGCAAUCUUUCUCUCUGGUUCACAAAGCACCCUUGCCUGUUUCUUUGAGUUUUACCUUUCAUUUCAUGAAGACAUAACAUGAUUUCAUCUCUCCAUUCAUGUGGGGGGAAAUUGACUCUGGCACGACUCACAGCACAGCACAGGCUGUCAGGGCAGAUUAUUGAUGGAAUCAAAGCAGAAAAUCAAAUCAAACAAAGACUGGAAUAUCAAUCCAUUGUGCCAGACUGUACAGCUGAAACUGAAGUAGCGGUCCACCAUGUCAGAUGCUGUAUCCUAACAGAUAUGAAUGUUGUCUAGAAAGACAGCUCUCCCUAAGUAUGCAGCAAUUUGCCACUUUUUGAAGCAUGUAUUUAUAGCCAAGUUGUUAUCUUCACAUUUAUUUUCAUUGUAUAUGGUCAUAUGGAAUGACACCUGUCAUUCCAACUAGCUGCCUAUGCUAUGCGAUAAGCAGUUCUGUGGUUCGGGUCGGACCACCCUGAAAACUGUACCUGUAAAAAAAACUAACUAUAUCGCCAAAAAAUAGGAGUUAGCAUGUUAGCAAGCCUUUUAUCAGUGCCAGCUGUGCUAUUGUUUGUAAGGUUUUUCAAUCCGUUUCAGUAGUUAGAUUGCUAGUUUUGGACCAAAACCCCUUCCUGCUACUUUAAAGAAGUAGGAAUCUAGAAUGAAGUGUCAUUCUUGGCACCAUCUUUAUAAUUUCUCAUUAGCAUUAUCUCAAGUUGUAUUUUCAUGACCCAUGUCUAUUGUGCAGGUAUGCCUGCCCACUUAGACUGGCCUGACAUUUACUACUUAGGCCCAAAUACCAGGAGGUGAAGUCCGACUGUGUUGCCAUGAUAACCUUGCACGUUUGUUUGAACUUCCCUGAGGGAAAGAACUUGCCCUUGCUCCAUUCUCUGUGGCUAUUUUAGGGUAUCCAGUUUGGAGUGCUGCUGGCUUAGACACGGCAUAACAAUGAAAGUUAGAUAGUUUAGUUUGCACUCUCAUGCCAGUUAGGUGCCUACUACACUGCCUCUAAGCUUUAGCCAUCAUAUCAUUCUUAAAUGUCUUAACUGACAUCAAUUUCUUUACUGAUGGAUGAGGUACUUACCUACUUCACUGGUGCACCAAAGGAUAGUUUGAAAUAAACAAUAUUUUAGGUACAGUAUCUCGUUAUGGUUACAAAUGGCAGUAUACUAACAGGCUCAACUAACAGGCAAACUAACUCAAAACGCUUCGAUGUCUCAAAUCGGUGAACUCUCCAACAAAUGAUAGAACAAAUGAAAUAUCACUUAGUUAAACCCAGUCCCAAAAUGUCACUGUGGAGUCUGGACUGCCCCGCCCCCUCCUCCCACGGCUUGUAGAAUAUCUCCUGCUGGAAACAGCCGGUGCGGGGACAGCUGUCCGGCGUGUUGUCGAGGCAAUGUUUGAAUCAAUACUGUCGUGAGUCGCUUUGCGUGUUUUUGACUACCGAUAAGGAGGCCAACGCUCUGAGGUGGCCAUACGAAUGGAUGUUUGUUCUCUGGAAAGUAGACUUGAAUGUAUUGGUUUGAUUUUUUAAACAAAUCGUUGAGGGGAUAUUGCUAAAAUUACUUUCUGGGUGAACGGUCCUUUUAAGACGUUGUAUAACAAUUAGCCAGGUGGACAUCUGCGCCCUAUUGUGUGCCCCUAGCUUAGACAGUCAAUGUGCAGCCCGGGAGGAAGAAAAGUGGAUGAAAUUAUCAUCACAAAGGAAUUGAUCGGUGGCACACGCAAGCAAGCGCUGGCCUCAUCUCACCAAACACACAACCAAGAAGAAGAAAGCAUCAAAUCCUCGGAGUAGUAGGACGUUUCCCGUGACGCGCUAAUGGGUGCCUUUUAUUAAGUGGAUAUAUGGUGCAUGCUGUGCUUUGGUCAGUCUGCCUUUUUCCGCUUCAACCACCCAGAGGAGGCCCUCAGGAUGAAGAACAUGAGGCCGGGCGGCAGCUUCGGCCCAACCAGCAGCUACAAGGCCCACACAGAUUCCCACUCCAUGCUAAAUGGGAACCACCAAACAGGGGGACGUGAGGGGGGUCGUCCUGGGCACGGCACACUCGUCCGCUCCAUCGAGAAGGACCUCCAGGACAUCAUGGACUCUCUGGCUAUGGAUGAUGCCCAGUCCUCCACAUCUGCCGAGCCCCGGAAGUUACCGCACAACCCUAUCCCCCAGUCCCCGCUGUCACCCAUGAUGAAUGGCGGCGGCCGCUUCCCCAUGUGCUCCCCUACCAGCCCCGGGGCCAUGUCAGUCAGCUCCAGCUAUGAGAACAACUCUCCACCCUUCUCUCCCCUCUCCUCCCCCUCGGUGACCAGCAGUCCGGGAGCCCAGCAGGAGCUGGCUAACCCCCCGAUUCCAGCUCGCUCCUCCAGUUUCAGCCGCAACAUUCAAGCUCCAGUGCCCCAGCCACGGUCCUCAGCGCCCAAGAGUGGCAGCGCCUUGGGGCAUAAGGUCCAGGAGAGCCCCAGGCACCACAGAAAGGCUUUGGUGGAGGCACCGCCUAGUCCGACAUCUGCGCGCAGGGAUCCCACCCAGGGCCUCGGUCUGGUUCGAGGGUCUUCCUCCAUCCCUGUCCCCACGGUUUCUGGGGACAGACAGACUUAUUCCAGACUCACCCCUAAGUCCACCCCGACCUCGUCCUCUCCUGCCUCCUCCAGCCCACGGUCCAGCGUGGGCUCCUCGGGUCAGGAGUGCCCUUCGAGCCCCAUGAGGCAACAGGCCGCCACGGACUCUUCCCGGUCCUCCAGCCCCGUGAAGCAGCCCAGCCACAUCCCUCGUCUUGCCCCGACCUCUGUGGACCACCCUCUCUACACGGUCCAGCCCCAGCCCCGCUCCCUGCCCUCAGGAAGCCCCCAGGCCACCCGUCGCGCCCCAGACACCUCCGGCAGCGGUACCAGCAGGCGUGAACUUCCCCCUCCCAGUCCGUCCACCGUCCGCAGAGGAGUACCCGUCCUACCAGGGGCGCUGCCCGGCGUCCCCCACACCCCACGCACGCCGCUGGCCAAAGCAGUCCCCGAGAGCCCCAGGCAGCACCGCAGAGUCACCUCCCCACCGGAGGAGGAGGGUUCAGGGGUGAGGGGUCUGAGGGGGCGCAGCCCGUCCCCCUCCCGGCUCAGAGACCACCCUACAGCGAGCGGCAGGCAGAAGGGAGGUCCCGGCGCCGCCCUCACCUCCUCUAUUUUGGGCAAGCAGCCAGGGGUCUCGCCCCUCACCAGCCCGAGGGCCCAGAGGAAGGCUGGCAGGGAUGGCCGGAUGGCGGUGCCCUUCACUCGGGAGCGCAAAAACAGCAUCUCGGAGAUCAGUGACAACGAGGACGAGCUGCUGGAAUACCACCGCCGGCAGAGAGAGGAGAGGCUCCGGGAGCAGGAAAUGGAGAGGCUGGAGAGACAGAGGCUAGAGACGAUUCUGAGUUUGUGUGCGGAGUACAACAAGGGUGAGGGCCCUAUUGCAGUUGGAGAAGUGGGCAAGACAGGCCUCUUCCCUGGGAUGGAGGAGGGGGCCGUCCAGCGACCCGGAGCUGACCCUGCAGGCGUGGCGUCCCACCAUAGGCUGGGCCAGAGGCAGAGGGAGAGCGACGAGGAGAAUCUGACCGAGGAGUGCAGCAGCACAGAGAGCCAGCACCAGGACCACGAGGACUUCACCCCGGCAGGCAGUGCCUCUCAGCAGGAGCUCGCCUAUCUGGAGGACGAGCGGGUCCGAGUUCUGGCCCGCGUGGACGAGCUCAAGGCCCGCGUCACUGAACUGGAGCAGCAACUUCAAGAAUCCAGACAGGAGGCUGAAAUGGAGCGGGCAUUGCUACAGGGUGAGCGGAGGGCGGAGCUUGAUCAGGUGGAGGCGGAGUUUGAGAUCAUCAACCAGCUACAGUACAAGCUCAGUGAAUUAGACAGCGCCACCCAGAGGGAGAAAGACAAGGGGAGGGCUAAUGUCUCGGCUGAGCGGGACAUCCUGGAGAGACUUCGGGCCGGGUACAAUGAGCUGAAGAGCCAGCUUGAUAAGUGCCCUGAGUCCCUGAGGGAGCAGUUGCAGGAGCAGCUGACAAGGAAAGCGGAGGCUCUGGAGUCGGGAUCCAAGCGCUUUGAGGACCUGGAGUUCCGUCAGCUGGAGCGGGAGAGCGGUCUGGAGGAGGAGAAGGAGACGGUGAGCCGCCAGCUGCUGCAGGAGAAGGCCGACUACCACCGCAGCGUGGCCAAGAGAAAGGAGAGGAUGGCUGCGCUGGAGAUGCAGGCCAACCAGCUGGGGCUGCAGGCCGCUCAGGAAUGCGAGAGGAUGGCCAAAGACCGAACUCUGGCUCUGCAGAUACUCCAGAAGGAGAGAGAGCAGCUGUCUACCAUAGAGAAGCGGUAUCACAACCUGACCGGAGGGAAAAGUUUCCCCAAGCCUUCCAACACCAUGAAGGAGGAAGUGCUUCAUAUCAGCGAGCCUGACCUCAUAGAAGAGGUCUUUCCCCAGCAACAGCCGCCCGGCCGCCCUCCUGCCUCCUACUGUCAAAACCCUUCCGCUCACAUAAAUCCUGUCAGGCCUCAGGAGGAGUAUCUGAGGCUGUCUGAUGUCUAUAAGAUGUAUGGGACCAGCUGUGUCCAAACCCACACUACCUCCUCACCGCCCCUCAGCUGCCCCUCAGCUCUCCCUGUAAUUCCAGACUCCCCUCGCGAGGAGUACAUUACGGUUGGUCAGUUAAAUCAGCUCUACGGGAUGCCCAGGGUCGACCCCUCUCCCACGUCUCCUGCCCAGUCAUUCCAACAGUUAGUUCCUGCUGACCCCCCUCCCUACAGCCAGAGGGCGCUGUAUGGCUCGUCCCGUUCUCUUUCCACCGAGACCCAGCCUGAGCUGAGCAGGCCUCACGUCCCCAGGCUGGAUUUAGAGCGCUGGUACCAGGACUUAAUGGCUGGUGGGGAGCCCUGUCAGCCUUGCCCUCCCCCUCUUCCUGCUAAGGCGCUCUCUUCUCGCAGGCACAUGCAGGUGUACCGUGGUAAGCUUGACGGGGAGGGGGGACAGACAAGGGGGAGCACCAAUGGGACGGCCACUCCUCCACAGUCCGGCGCUGCCAUGCCAGGGAGGGACACGCCGACAAAGAUGCUGGCUCAUUCCUCCAGCCUCUCCAAGGAGCUGUCGGAGCUCUCCCUCACUCACAUGGACCUGGAGACCAAGAGGCAGCUGGUCCUGCAGGGCAAAGGCCAGCAGGUGCUGGAGGAACAGAGGAGAUGUAUGGCGGAGCUGAAGCAGAGACCUGCAGUGGAGCUGCAGAACCACUGGGGGGCGCUGCAGGGCUCCCAAUCUCAGCUCAACAUGUCAUUCCCCUCGUUCGGUGGCGGCCCUGCCAUGGUGCACCACUCCAUCCUGCACCACCAGGCCCCUCCCCCUGGCGGAGAGCAGGCUUUUGACACCCUCAGCCUGGAGAGCUCAGACAGCGUGGAAACCAGCGUCUCCACGGGCAACAACUCUGCCUGUUCCCCUGAGAGUGGCAUUGGCUUGGCCGGCAUGAGGCUGGAGGAGAUGGAGAAGAUGCUGAAGGAGGCCCAACAGGAGAAGGCCAGGCUGGUGGAGAGCAGAGAGAGGGAGGCGCAGGCUCGCCGCCAGAUGCUCGAGGAGGAGCGCAGGAGGCGCGAGGAGGUGGAGAGGAGGCUGCAGGAGGAGACGGCGCACAGGCAGAGGCUGGUGGACGAGGAGGUGAAGCUGAGGGAGAAGCACUGUUCUCAGGCUCGUCCAAUGACCCGGUAUCUCCCCAUCAGGAAGGAGGAGUUUGACCUCCGCUCCCACGUGGAGUCAUCUGGCCACUGUGUGGACACCUGUCCCUAUGUCAUCGUCAGUGAGAAGAUGUGCAAGGGGCAUCUCAUCAAGAUGGGCGGCAAGAUCAAGUCCUGGAAGAAGCGCUGGUUCGUCUUCGACCGGCUGAAGCGAACCUUCUCCUAUUACAUAGACAAACAUGAGACCAAGCUGAAGGGAGUCAUCUACUUCCAGGCAAUAGAGGAAGUCUACUACGAUCAUCUUCGUAGUGCUACCAAGAGCCCGAAUCCUUCCCUGACGUUCUGUGUGAAGACUCACGACCGCCUCUACUUCAUGGUGGCCCCCUCGGCCGAGGCCAUGCGCAUCUGGAUGGACGUCAUAGUAACAGGGGCCGAGGGCUACACGCAGUUUAUGACCUGAGUGAGUCAGUACCCACGGAGGGUGGCUAAGUAGAGAGUGUGGUCUGGCACCACGGGGGCAGGACAGAGGGGCGAGGAGUCUCCGAGGCUCCCUCAGCCUGGAGCUCACACUCUGGCCCUGCCUCAGCUGGUGUGGAAAUGUGAGCACGGUCUCCUACGCCACCAGCUGCUAAGACGAAAACAAAACUGCUAAGAGCUUUGAAGAGAUGCUUGUUGUAUCGAUAUAAAAAGGAAAAAGACAGUUUAAAAACAAAAAGGAUCACCUGGGAAAUCCUUUGAAUCCUAUUGACUUGUAUGAUUUUGCGCGUUCAAAUCCAUAUCUCCUGGAGCGUAUGUUGUUGUAUUUCACAUGAAUGGUGCUCAGACGCUGACAGGGGUGGCGUUCCCUUUCACCCCACCGCUCCCCAGCAGUCAGUUGAGGCGACCUCUGCACAUCCACUCACUCAGUUUCACUGGGAGGCAAAGCGGGAAAUGUUGAGGUAACCAUUCCCCAUCACGAUUAGGAAUUCCUCUUCACCUACAUGUAUAUGUCAGUUCAUUUUUAUAAGUUCUACACCAGCAUUUUCACUUUACUGCCUUGGGAUCUACAAAGGGAGAUUUUAUGUACAGAAAUGUCUGACUAUUUGCUGUAAAUAUUGCCUGAAACUUUCCCAAAGGUCUAAGUUAAAAAGAAAAAAGCUUUUGUUGCUGUUUUUUUAAUUUUAUUUGAGUAACUACAUACUUUGUAGAUAUCUUUUAUAUGUCUAGGUUUACAGGACAUUCAUAGGUUUCUGAUGAGUUUGAACCUCUGUUGUGCGACAGAGAAAGAUUGAAAGACAGACAACACAUUGCCUGUCUGUGGAUAAGAGAGUAUAAUAUGUCAACAAAUUGCCCAUUAUCUUAGCAUGUAUAGAAAUAUUAGUAAGAGUAGAUUUCAUGCUAACCUGCUGCUCAGUUUUAAAAGAAAAUAUCAUGAAGAUUUAUUUAAAAUCUGUCAUUAGAUUGCUUUUGAUAUAACAAAGAGACAAAUAAUCUCUUGUCAUAAUGUCAUAUAGAUUUCAUAUUUAUGUUUGUACUCUGGUCCAUCUGAAAUUAAAAAUCUAUUAAUUGCUUUUAUACAUCUGAAUGUCAUGGUUUUAUACUAGGGAAAAACUUCAAUUAUUGUGAGCCUUUAAUAUUACAGAGUGUGUAUACAUUAUGACUGCGUGGACCUUUCACAUAUAUAGAGAUGAUAUUGACGAUCCAUAAUCUGCCACACCAAUCUAUCAUAUCCAAUUGCCACAUACUAUACUGACUGUGCCAUAUAUGGAAAAAAUGGUUAUGUUGAGCACUUCAAUGGUGAUUAUGUGUGCCUUUCUUAUACCUUUCUUUUGUUUGGCUUCCGUUGUAUUUGCCAACAGCCUGAUCACAAGUACUCCUUCUCUCAGUAUAUGUGUAAAAUAUUCAGAUUUUUACAUUGCAACAUCUCCUCUUAAUUCAGUACGUGUAACAACUGAACAUGGACUUUUGUAGUUACUAACCACAUACAUGUCUGUUACUUUUCAUUGUUAACAGAACAUUAUUAUCUACAUAUAAAUAUCUGGGCCAAAUAAAGAGUGUAAUGAAGUAA